AUGGAUUUGGUGGAAUGGCAUUCACCAAUUCUUACGGUGAUCACUAAAACCAGGAUGAGUGGUGCUAGAGCAGAUAAGAUCAUUGAGACCCUUCCUUUUGAUGGGCAUGCGGUGUCUGAUACAAUUGGAUUUGCUAGAGGAAUAUGGUUGCUUUGGCGUUCAGAUUUGGUGAAUGUGGAUGUCCUAGCAGCUACAGAGCAGGAGAUUCAUGCCUUGAUCUGGGUAAGAUCUCAAUCUCUUAGCUGGUUAAUUAGCACUAUUUAUGUCAGUCCUCGUUUUGAGGAAAGAUGCAUUGUUUGGAAUAAUCUUAGGAUGCUAGCUAACAUGCAUGAUUUGCCUUGGGCCCUUAUGGGGGACUUUAAUGAAGUUUUGUCUGAGGAUGAGAAGUAUGGGAGGAAUCCAAUCUGCCAGAGAAGGGUUAGGGCUAUUAAGGAAUGUAUGGAUGAUUGUAACAUGAUGGACCUUGGGUUUUCAGGCCCAAAAUAUACUUGGACAAAUAAAAGGGAAUUAGGUAACUUAAUUCAAUGUAGACUUGACAGAUGCUGGGUAAAUCCGGGUUGGAAAGAAUUAUAUCCAGAAGCUAAUGUCACCUACCUAGCUAGGGUUAAUUCUGAUCAUUGCCCUUUACUGCUUAAUUUGAAUCCAAAUUUGGGGUCCACUACCGACAGGCCUUUUAGAUUUCAGACAAUUUGGUUGAGCCACAGUGACUUUCCGACUGUAGUGAGGGAUGCUUAG